AUGGGUGCCCUCAUUGUUCCUUCUGAAUAUGGCUAUGUCCUUGGUAUUGCUGCCUUCAGUGCACUUCAUCUCUUUUACUUGGGCGCUAAAGUUGGCAAGGCUCGUAGAGCUGCCAAGGUCCCUUAUCCUUAUGCAUAUGCCGAAAAGAAUGAAGCUGAAAAGGAUCCUCUCAAGAACAUCUUCAACUGUGCUCAACGAGCACAUCAAAACACACUAGAAGUAUUCCCUGUCUAUAGCACUUUGUUAUUGAUUGGUGGCCUCAAGUAUCCCGAAAUUUCUGCUGCUGCGGGUCUUGUUCACUGCUUGGGUCGCCAAGUCUAUGCUUCUGGUUACUCGACCGGUAACCCUGACAAGCGCACGCGUGGUGCUUUUGGUUACCUUGGUCUUAUAACUCUCCUCGGUACUUCUUCCCUUACAGUUUACCAUCUUUUGAUGGGUUAA